AUGAACACAUCAGGCAUGCCGGUAGGCCCCAUGGGCAUGGGAGGAAACCAGACGGCUGGAAUGAGUGAACAGGAAGCUGCUAUGGUGAAGAUGAUGCAACGCGGUAUGGAAUCGUGUCCUAUUAAGACCGUCAUCUCCGGUACAAUGGGUUUCGCUCUAGGCGGUGCAUUCGGUCUCUUCAUGGCUAGUAUGUCCUACGACUCAUCCUUCACACCCCAAGGUCGCGAAAUCGCAAACCUCCCCUGGCGCCAGCAAGUGCGCAUCGGCUUCAAGGAUAUGGGAGCGCGCUCAUGGUCUUCUGCUAAGAAUUUUGGCAUCGUUGGUGCCCUCUACUCUGGAACAGAGUGCUGUAUCGAGGGUCUGCGCGCGAAGAACGAUCUCACUAACAGCGUCGCGGCUGGUUGUGUCACUGGUGGUAUUCUGGGUGCUAAGGCUGGUCCGCAGGCGGCAGCUUUCGGUUGCGCGGGCUUUGCGGCGUUCAGUGCUGCUAUUGAUGCUUACAUGCGAAUGCCUGCGUCUGACGACUAA